UGGAAAACCGGAAAACAUUUAUUGUCCAUUGAUAUUUGAUAUUUGAUAGUUUGAUACUUAAAUCUUAGACCAACUGUCUGGUCCUAGUGUGUACUGUUAAAACUUAAGAGUUAAAGUAUUGUGUAGUGUGUUUAGUGUUAGUGCUUAGUGCACUAAUUGACUUAGUGUUAAUAACUACUUCGUAUGCCGAAAGUUCGUAGAAGUCGGAAACCUCCUCCGGAUGGGUGGGAACUUAUAGAACCUACGCUAGAAGAAUUGGAACAGAAAAUGAGAGAAGCUGAAACUGAAUCUCAUGAAGGAAAACGAAAAGUUGAGGCGCUGUGGCCAAUUUUCAAAAUUCAUAACCAGAAAUCAAGAUAUAUUUAUGAUUUAUUUCAUAGGCGUAAAGCUAUUUCUAGAGAAUUGUAUGAUUUCUGUUUGCAAGAAAAAAUUGCUGAUCAAAAUUUAAUAGCAAAAUGGAAAAAACAAGGUUAUGAAAACUUAUGUUGUCUUCGCUGUAUUCAAACAAGGGAUACAAAUUUUGGUACUAGCUGUAUUUGCAGAGUCCCAAAAUCUAAACUUGAAGAAGGUCGAAUUGUGGAAUGUGUGCAUUGUGGAUGUAGAGGUUGUUCUGGUUAAAUAAAAACUGAAAACGAGUUAAACGUUAA